CCCGGGCGGCGGGCAGAGAUCUGCGUUGCCGAGCAGUGAUGCGGGCGGAGUUCUGCGUUGCCCGGCAGUGAGGCGGACAGAAGCAGAAGAGAUCGGGUCUUGUCUCCCGGGCGGUGGGAGAUCGACGAGAGAAGCAGGACGCGACGCACUUUGCCGAGGCGGCCAGGCGGAGCGCCGGCCACAGCCCCGCAGGUAACCCCGCCCGCCCCGCGGGGCCGCCCGCGGCCUGGCUACCUGAGACGCUCCAGGGGAUGAGGUAGCACCAGCCACGGGCGCCUGCGUGUCACAGCUGUGUGCCACACUGGCGGGGCUACAGUGUCAAAACUGAAGGGACACGAUAUGAGAAACACCCUUGGGGAGGAUCACUAUUUCUCUGAGCAUUUUUCUGCUGCUACCAUGAUAGCACAGGGCAUAGAGAGAAAGCAAGAUAAAAGCUUCUCUUAUUUCUGUCUGCAUAAACGAUUAGGUCUGGAAGAGGGAGCACGGGAGCUCUCAAGGAUUUACAGCACUCAGAGAAGUUACAAAACCUUUGCUAAUAUUUAUUACAACCUCUCAUUGCAGCCUCCAGCUAUAGACUGUUAGGAGAAAAUGUAUCCAGGUUUGGAUAAGAUAGUUCAUACUGACUUUGCUUCUAACCUCAGGCUCUUUCUCAGGCAGUGAAUGGCUUUGCUUCCACCAGUGAAUUCUGGGGUGGCAGCUAUUAAGCGUGUUCCCAGUUCCGAGCUGAAACACCAGAAGAAUGGCGUUGAGCAUAAACUCGUACCUGACAAACAGGAAAAUUUAAAGGAUCUCUGUGCCCAAAAGAGCCCAAGGUAUUCAUACUCUGCUUCUCCAGAAAGCAGUCAACACAACUUCAGUCAUGGAGACUUCUGUCCAUCUGGAUUGCAGAGUAAGUUUCUCCCCUGUCAGACCAAUGAUCUGUCAGCUAAACCAGUGGCCAGAUGUAAAGAAGGAGUGGACCGUGCAUAUCCCCUGAAACCAAUUUUUCAUGAGAGUGUGAGUGUUCCAGUGGUCAACACAGCACAACUCAGAAGUUCCCCAUACAUGGAGGAAGUUCCAAAUCGUACAAAUAGCAGGCCUAGCUAUCCCUUCCCUAGCAAAGGGAGGCCUUUAGCAGGGCAGUCUCAGCUACCUGCAGAGCUCUCUCCUUGGAAAGCAGAGCCUAAACAGUCACUCCCCCAUCUGUAUAGGAGCAAGAGGGCCUGCAUUCUACAGCUGGAGGCAGAGGGAGAGCACCUGGAAAGGGAAAUUAAAAAGAAAGAGGCCCUCCUCAGAGAGAAGCUGAUGAGAGCAGAAGAGGAGCUUAGGAAAAUUCAAAGAGAGAAGGAGCUUAUCGAGGAAGAAGAGAGACGAGACAGAGAAGCAAAGAGAGCCCAUGAGAAAAAGGCCAUGAGGCAUCCUGAAGAAAAAACUCUUCAAGUUGCAAUCAGGCAAGGUGAUGGUGCAGGGGUCUUCAGGGAGGCACAGUAUGCAGAGACCACUAUCCACAAGCCUGGCACUACUCUCCACACCCAAGAGCUGGCUGUAGAAAAACUCAAGAAGCAGCAGCUGGUGGCCAGCAACAGCAAAAUUCAGGACCAUGUGCGUUUAGCCUCACGUUCAGAGCUUGACCUAAGACACAGCCUUUCUCCCUCUGCCCCCUCAGACCAAGAUUCUGGUCAUAACCCACCCACAGAGGAGCUGUAUAUGCGAGCCACGGAUGCUGUGGAGUCAGAGGGGCUCGGACAAUGCAGCUUCUGUGGACGUAAGUUUCUCUGCACCAGGCUUGAGAAGCACAUGAGUAUCUGUGGCAAGAGUCAAGGGUCCAAGAGAAAAGUGUAUGACUCCAAAAAGGCCAGAAUUAGUGGCACAGAACUGGAACCAUAUCAGCAGCAGAAGAUCUCACAGGCUCCUCAGGAUGAACCACCCAAAAAGAACAAUUGGAGACAGAAGCACAAGGCUUUAAUCGAGACCUUGCACCAGGCCCAGAAGGUGCAGCAAUUCCUCUCCAAGGGUGGGAAUGUGUAUGAUCUGCCCCCAGUGCCUCCCGCCGAAAACCCAGACUACGUUCUCUGUCCCUACUGCAAACGCCGAUUUGCUCCCCUAACCGCUGAGAGGCACAUUCCCAAAUGCAAAAACAUCAAGAGUAGGCCCACACCCCCACCACAAUGGAGGCGCUACUGAGGCCACAUCCAGCUCUUCCUGCUCCUGGGGUUCCCUGCCUGCUUUCUGCCAGUUUUUCAGCCACAGACACUUGUACUUUCCCUAGUCUCAACACCAGCUGCGAGUGCACAGCAAGUGAACAGCUCCAGACAGCUCAGCAGAGUCCUGAAACUUGUGCACUUCAGCCCAUGCCCUGGGUUGCUGCUCAUGGGAUGUCCCCCCCGGGGGCCCCUUCGCAGCACAGAGCCUCGUGUGAGACUGCGGCUGUUCAGGCAGUCAGCUGAGCAGGGAAGAAAGGCAAUUACUACAAGCCACCAGUGGGACUGCAGCAAGAAGCAAACCAGCCAUCAGAAAGGAGCCAGUCUUCACAUUUGUAUUUUGCCCUUGGUUAAGGGCUUUUGGGCUUUUUAUACUUUUCCUUUGUUUGCUUGUUUUCCAAACUAGUGGUGUCUGAUGUUAAAAAACCUGCUC